GCUAGUCAGAAGAUGAACACAGAUAAAGAGAUAACAGAGAGACGUGCACCCAAUUCGUCUGUCUGUCUCUCUCUGUAGAAAAAUCAUCUCUUGGAUUCUGCAUUUCGUAGAUACUUCCAUGGCCUUGUUUCAAAAUCAUUGAUAAAACACAAAAAAAUGGGACAGGAUAAUCCAAGAGAAGAACAGAGCUCCUCUGCAUCUUCAUCAACGUCCAGUCUCAGACAAGCUAUUGAGGUUGUAACUUCUUUAAUCUCCUUCUCAUAUGGAAUAAGAGCUUUUGCUGUAAAAUGGCAAAUGCUAAGGAACAAGCUAGAAGAGCUACACGCAAGCUUAAUCGCCAUCGAGAAUUGCGAUUCUACACAAAACCCAAUUCUUUCAGGCCUCGUUUCUGCCAUAAUACUCGCCGCAAACAACUGUCACGAUCUUGCUCGAAGAUGUAUGGAUCUUUCAUACAGUGGCAAGCUCUUGAUGCAGAGUGAUUUGGAUGUAAUGUCUGCAAAAUUUGAUCGCCUUGUGAAGAAUCUGUCUGAGAUUUGUACUGCAGGUGUUUUAACACAGGGUUUUGCUAUUGUUGUCUCUAAGCCUGUACUCAACGCUUGCAAAGAAGAUAUGAGGUUUUAUGUGAGGGAUCUGUUGACGAGAAUGAAGGUUGGUGACACAGAAAUGAAGAGGCAAGCUUUGGGAAAUUUACAUGAAGUUGUUGUGGAAGAUGAGAGAUAUUUCAGGGUAAUUGUUGAAGUUGGUGACAUUGUGCAUGUAUUGGUUAAUCUUCUUGACUCACCUGAAAUUGAAAUUCAAGAAGAAGCUGCCAAGGUGGUUUCAGUGAUUUCUGGGUUUGAUUCUUGCAAGGCUGUAUUGAUUGGAUCUGGGGUUAUAGGACCUUUGGUUCGAGUCUUGGAAAGUGGCAGUGAAUUGGGCAAAGAGGCUGCCGCUAGAAGUUUGCAGAAAUUGACCCAGAAUUCUGAUAAUGCUUGGUCAGUUUCAGCUCAUGGUGGUGUCACAGCUCUCUUAAAAAUAUGCUCUAAUGGUGAUUCUAGAGGAGAACUCAUUGGUCCAGCUUGUGGGAUACUGAGAAACCUUGUUGGUGUUGAAGAAAUAAAGAGAUUUAUGAUAGAAGAAGGUGCUGUUUCUAGCUUUAUCAAGCUUGCAAGAACAAGAGAUGAAGCCGUGCAGAUAAGCUCAAUAGAAUUUCUCCAGAAUAUUGCUGCUGGAGAUGAAUCUGUUAGACAAUUAGUAGUUAAAGAUGGUGGAAUUCGAGCAUUGGUACACCUUCUCGAUCCAAAAAUUUCAUCAACUUACAAAUCCCGAGAGGUAGCAUUAAGGGCAAUUGAGAAUCUAUGCUUUUCUUCGCCAACCUGUAUUAGCAUAUUGACAAGCUAUGGAUUUAUAGAUCGGCUGCUGUUCUUUCUUAGAAAUGGUGAUGUUUCAGUUCAGGAAUUGGCAUUGAAAGUGGCCUGCAGGCUAUCAGGAACAUCAGAAGAGGCUAAAAAAGCAAUGGGAGAUGCUGGUUUUAUGUCUGAGUUUGUUAGAUUUCUUGAUGCAAAAUCAUUUGAAGUUAGAGAAAUGGCAUCUGAGGCGCUCACUAGCAUGGUUUCAGUGCCUAGAAAUCGAAAGAGAUUCGUGCAGGAUGAUGGAAACAUUAGCAUUCUUCUUCAAUUGCUUGAUCAUGAAGAAGCAAAUUCAGGUAAUAAAAAGUUCUUGAUAUCUAUAUUAAUAUCAUUGACAAGUAGCAACAGUGGAAGAAGAAAAAUUGUGAAUUCUGGUUAUUUGAAGAACAUUGAGAAACUUGCAGAAGCUGAAGUCGCAGAUGCUAAAAGACUUGUCAGGAAACUCUCUACAAAUAGAUUCCGUAGUCUGUUGAGUGGAUUAUGGCAUUCUUGAAUGUAAUUUUCCUUUUCAUUAGCUUCUUUUUCACUGUAUAUUUACAUAAAUGGUUUCAAAUUUUUGCUCUUUGUGUCUCAAUCUCAAAUAUCAGAUUCUUCUC